CUGUUCGUCCGUUACAACAGCACAUCUUUUGACUGGUUAUUCAUCUGUGAGCCGGACACAGCUGUCAAUGUCAGCGCAUUGGUUUCAUUCCUCAGUUCGAUUGAUCCCACUGCAAAUCAUGCAAUUGGCCGGGCUUUGGUUGAUGAAACACUGACAAUAAUACAUCACUUCUUUGUAAAUGACGGCGAGGAGCAGUUUCUUUAUGCUGAUUUUGCGGCAGGGCUGGUGCUCUCCUGGAGCAUUUUUGCAGGCGCGAAUAUUCCCGAAAAGAGUGGAUUUGCGAUUGAUGCUAAGCACGAGCGUUCGCGUGAUUCCGACUCAGCUGCACGCUUGAAAGCUUUUCUUUAG